ACAACAGUUGUGAAUGCUCCUAUAUAGGCUGUCACUUAGUAAUUACAUAUUUGCCUAUAUUGAUUAAAUGAGUCAGAAAUGACUCACUACACAUAUGCCAAGGACUAUGGAGAUCUUUUCUUUCCCACUGGAACACACUUUGGAAAUUAACCUUCCUAAAGAGGAGAUGGUGGGUGCCAAGUUGCGUUAAAAGUCUCUCACCGAUCGAGCCAUGCAGAGCAACAGCAGCGCCUCCACAUCAGCACCCAUUGGUGCGCUGAGCGCAUGCGGGGGAGAGGAAGAUGAGCGUGAACUCUCCAAACUGGUCAACCCCAGCGGAGCCGGGUCCAACCUGGCUGCCUUGAACCUGUCCCUCAACUGCUGGCUCCAGAUCCUCUCCAAGGAACCUUCUGUGGAUCUGCAUGGAGACAGUGCCAACACGGUGGUACGAGUCCUCAUCGCUCUGGUCUACCUGGUGGUGUGUGUCUUGGGACUCGUGGGUAACCUCCUGGCACUCUUCUUGCUUCACUUCCGUCGCCGAGGUCACCACUACUCCUCCAUCGACUGUUUCGUGAUGAGCCUGGCGCUCACUGACCUACAGUUCGUCCUCACCUUGCCCUUCUGGGCCGUGGACACGGUGCUGGACUUCCGCUGGCCCUUUGGCAGGGUCAUGUGUAAGAUCGUGAGCUCGGUCACCACCAUGAAUAUGUACGCCAGUGUGUUCUUCCUCACUGCCAUGAGCGUGACCCGAUACCACUCCCUGGUCACCUCACUGAAGAUUGCCUCUCCGAGGAUGGCGGCUGCUCGGGCUAAAUGGGCUAGUUUGGCUAUUUGGGUGGUCUCGCUGGUGGUCACACUGCCUCAUUCCAUCUACUCCACCACUGUUCAGGUGUCUGCCGACGAUGAGCUUUGCCUGGUGAGGUUCUCCGCAUCAGAUUCAGGUCACUUGGAUCCUCAAGUACUCCUUGGGCUCUAUCAAAUGCAAAAAGUGCUUCUGGGAUUUGUCUUUCCUUUGAUAAUCAUUAGCGUGUGUUACCUCCUCCUCCUGAGAUUUAUCCUGAGCCAGCGUGCGGUGGACAGCGUGAUAGGCGGUGGUGUCGCAGAGAGGUCCGAAUGCGAGCGAGGUCGCCACCGUCGCCGCUCCAAAGUCACCCGCUCCAUCACCAUCGUAGUUCUGUCUUUCUUCGUCUGCUGGCUGCCCAACCAGGCUCUGACCCUAUGGGGCGUGUUGAUCAAGUUUGACCUGGUGCCCUUCAGCAAAGCCUUCUACAACACGCAGGCUUAUGCCUUCCCCCUGACCGUGUGCCUGGCCCAGGCAAACAGCUGCCUCAACCCAGUCCUUUACUGCCUCAUCCGCCAGGAAUAUCGUGCUGGACUCAAGAAGCUUCUGCUCCGCGUGUCCAUCCCAAUACAAAACAUUUUCACCCAGGCUCUGAGGGGGAGGAGAGUGGAGGUAGCUCCCACAAGCUUGGUCAUGUUAAAUAAAGACAAUAUGUAAUUAAGUGGGUUUAUUUUAAAGGGACUACAGUAAACCCCUGCCAUUUGCAAGCGAUAGGGACUGAGCCCUGCUCUGAAUAGUGAAAAAAACGCAACUGAUGCCCGCUCUUUGAAUUGAAUUUUUUUAUAAUUGCCUGUAUUAAUAGUAUAAAGUUCUAAACCACAAAUAUAGCACAAACUGACUGUGAUCUUGAAACUUUCAUAUAAUUUCAAACUCAUUUUACAACAUUCCCCUUAAAAAUAAACAGCACAGCAAAAGCAUACAGAUGGAGCAAAAACUCACCUUAACUUCUGCUAACAACUCGGGCUAAACUUAGCCUCCUCGCCGACAUACAAAGAUUUUAGUCUCUCAGUCAAGAUGUAUUGCUUCAACAUAUAGUGGUGCCUUGAGAUAUGACUUUAAUUUGCAUCGUCGCCACGUUUGUUAUUCAAAACACUCAUAUCUUGAAUCAUCUUUCCCCACUGAAAUGAAAGGAAAUGCCAUGAAUCCGUUCCAGCCUCCCAGAAAAAAAUAAAAUAAAAUUUUAAAUAAAAAAUAAGAAAGCACUCUAUAAAAUAGUACUUUCUAAAAACAUAGUCCAUCCAUUCCCUGAACCGCUUCUCCUCACUCGGGUGUGCAGGCACCUGUCCAAGCUGACGUGGGGCUAGAGGCGAGAUAUACCCUGAACUGGUUGCCAGCCAAUCACAGUAAAAACACAUCACAUUGCAUUGUUUAUUAGCAUUCAUCUAAGCGGACUUAAAGCGAUGUGGUUGUCUUAAAUACACAACGUGCAACUCUUUAUUUUAUUUUUAGUUUGACAGUAAACUUCAACUGGGAGUGGCAGUAAAAAGCUUGAAGCCUCAUUUCUGAACAACCUUUCAUUAUCUGCCGAACUUCUGCUUGUUGUUGAGUUCACCGCCACCGUACAGCGCUCAUAUCUACAUUUUUUGCUCGCACAUCAAAGAAAAAAAUCGUCCAAAAGACAGCUUGUAUCUAAAAAACUGUUAAGUCAGGUCAUUUGUAUCUCUUGGGCCCACUGUACUUCGUAGACUUCCUACUUUCCUAUCAGCAGGGGUUUGGCGCCAUCUUGUGGCAUUAUAGAAAUGCUGCGAACAGUAAAAAUCUGUGAGCGAUAGACACACACAUAGGUAAUUGCCUAUAGAUCCCACAAGAUAGCAACAAAGUACUUCUUCUGUUAGAAAGGCUCUGGCCUGACGAAAUGAAGCUAGUCCCCUCACUUCAAAGAGGUUCCUUGGCAUCAAAGUUGUAUUUUUACAUUAGACGUUGCUUCGGUCCGAGUAGAUGUUUUUUCAGUGUAGGUUCCACAGCGAAAAUUAUAUGUGAAUUUAUGAACAGAAAACCAUGAAUAUAGGCUGGGGUUCACUGUAUUCCUUAAUGUUGCCAUUGGUUGUUUUAUGCAUAAAAUCAGUUUGAACUCUCAAGAGGGACCUAGUCUUUGGCACAUCCAUUUUUGUGUCGCUAUGCACAUUUCACCAGUUCUGGAUUAAAACAAUUUUUACAGGUGCAGGUAUAAUCUUAAACAAUGCAAUCACUUUUCUUUCCUCAGUCCAAUCAAGCAAAAUGCAAAAUUCAAGGUAUUUGAAUGUUGUCCCCACCCCUUCAUUUUUUUAUUUUAGACUCAAACACUCCUGAUGAAAACUGCAUUUUAUGGUGCUUUUA